UAUAAAGGGUACGGUGCUCUACCUGCUGGAGCACCGCUCAGGAAUGGAAAUGGAGCCAAACCUAAUGGUCCAUAUAAAGGGUACGGUGCUGUACCUUCUGCUCUUGGAAAUGGAAAUGGAGCUAAACCUAAUGGUCCUUAUAAGGGAUAUGGUGCUGCACCUGCUUCUCUUGUAAAUGGAGCCAAAGCUAAUGGUUAUGGAAAUGGCGGCAAACAUAAUGGUUACAGACCUGCACCUGUAGCUACUAAAGGACAGGGUCACAAACCCUAUGGCUAUAGAGCUUCACCUCUUACAUCCAAUGGCCAGCAAGCCAAGCCAAUCUCUAAUGGAGGUUAUGGGUCCAAGCCCAAUAAGCCUGGAUAUGGAGCACAACCUUUGUAUGGUGGGUUUGGAGCAGCGAUGAGGAUGGCACCACCACUGGCCACCAAAGGUAGAGGAGGCUAUGGGAAAGGCAAUGGAUUUGGCCAGGCAGAUUCCUCAAAUAAUGGCUACAGAAACAAACCGGCUGCUUAUCCCCAAGCUGGAGCUGGCUUCGGCGGAGGAUACACAAAAGGAGUAAAAGCUGCCAAACCAGGCUAUGGUGGUAAACCAUUUGUGCCAAGUGGACAAGCAGCCAAGCCCAAUGGCGCUGGUGGUCCGAAUGCACAGGGAGCAAAACCUGCAGGAUACGGAGGUGCCACAGGAGCCAAAGCUGGAUACAGCAGAUUCCCCAACAAUGGUGGAUUUAAGGGACCAAAACCAGGUUAUGGUGGUUUGCCCACAGGUUAUGGACAGAGACUCAAUGGAUAUGGAGGUUAUCCCAAUGGGGGCGCUAAAGCACCAAAACCAGGGUAUGGUGGUGUUGGUAAUGGAGAAGCAAGUAAUGGACAAGGAGCCAAAUCCAAUGGAUUUGGUGGCUAUCCCAAUGGGGGCGCUAAAGCACCUAAACCAGGGUAUGGUGAUGGUGUGGGUAAUGGAGAAGCAAAUAAUGGACAAGGAGCCAAGUCCAAUGGUUAUGGCGUUCCUGGUGGUGUACCGAAAAUUCAAACGGGACUCAAAGGAAAAAGCCUUAACCAUGAAGUCCCAAGUCUUUCACCAGUAACAGGGUUCAUCAAAGGAGUCAUAAAGCCAGUUGAACCUGAGCCUACCGUAGGAGUACCUGCACUCCCACUCACCAAGGGAAUGCCAUCACUUGUAACGAGUUGGAAAACCCCAAAACCUCAGGAUCCUGUAGUUUCACAAAGCUCCCCAUCUAAGCCAAUACCUCCAGAGCAGACUCCAGUGAUUCCACAGGAUAACACACCCAACCCUGUGCCGUCUGAGCCACAAGGACAAACGCCUGCACCUCUCCUUCCUCAGGCUAAUGGUACCAAUCCACCUGCACGACCAUCUCCAGAAAUUCCUCAAGACAGUUCUCAGAAACCAGUUGCUCCCAUUUUAUUUCCACAAGAGAAUGACUUAAAGCCAACCACUGAAGUGCAACAAUCUGUUUCACCAGCGUCUCCACAGGGAAAUGAUCCAAAGCCAGAAGUUCUACACCCAACUACACCACAAGGGGACAGUCCAAAACCGACUGCUGCUCCAGUGCUGCCCUCAGUGCUCCCUCAGACCAAAGACACCAAACCGGUUGCUCCAGUUCCUGAGAUUCCACAAAUGAAAGAUCCCAAACCUGUAGCACCAGAACCAGAUGUUCCACAGACCACAGUUCCUUCACUUGCUAUUGAACCAACCCCUGCUAUGCCUCAGAUGAAGGGUCAAAAAUUACCAAAUCCUGAUUGUGGACAUGGUGUGUCUGGACAAUGGACUAAGCUACCCAGUGCUGGAUAUGGUUCUGGACCUUGGUACCCAAACAGUGAAGGAGCCAAAGCUUCAAAACCAGGUCAGGGAUAUGGCCCUAAACCACAACAGCCAGACUACGUUAAUCCAGGAGCAGGAUUUGGAUUUGCUGGGCUUGGUGGGAUGACCAAAGGCAAAUCUGGUGGCCCAGGACAACUACCGUACAGCGGUGCCCCCAUCAUCCCUGCUCGAUUAGAUGGAGCCAGUCCGGUCGAACCGCAGACCGCUGAACUCGGUCCUGAGGUGAAAUCUGGCCAUGCCUAUGGUGGGCCGUAUGGAGCUCAGCCAAUGGGAAUGGGCGCUGAAGGAAUGCCACAAGUCAGAUACGGUAUUGGUGGCCUCCUUUUUGGUGGCUCGCCGACGGGAUACGGCUCCAAUCCAUAUGGAAAAUACGGUAAUGCCUACGCUGCACAGACUUUUGGUUCUAAAGCAGCUGGAAACUACAAUCCGUUCGGAUUUAAUGCCGACCCCAAAUCUGCCCCAAAAUACAGGAUGGAAGGCUCUCCAUAUGCUGCUAGUGCUAGUGACGCUAAAGCCUCUGGAAAAUAUGGACCUUAUGGUGGCCAGCAGUUUGGUGUGCCUGUGAAUUAUGGAAAAUACGGCCAUCCAUCCCUCCCCUUCGAGGCCCUUGGUCCAGUCACAGAUGGUCAGUCUGUCGAUCAGCCCGCACUGCCGUAUGAAGUUCCUGUUAUCGAUGGAGUGAAGUCUGUAGAUCAGUUUGGAGACGGAGAGGUACCGCACCAGCCUAUCGCUCCUCUGGUAGACGGUGUUGGAGAAGGACCAGUCUCGCACAUCAAGGGUGGAGUUCAAGCUGAGGCUGUCCCUACUGGUAGCCCCUUUACCGGCUCGGCAGCAUCUCUAGGAAACUCCGCCCACCCGCCAGUGGACACGCCCAGUGAAGCAGUGACACCACAGCAUCUUCUCAUUCAGCAGAACCUUAAAGGCCCACAGCUGCAUCAGGCCAAUUCCUGGACAGGAGACGAGGAGCCAAAACAUAACCUGAAAGGAUUCUUUGGUAAUGGAUAUCACGGUUGAUUCUAAAGAAGAGUAAACAAAUAUCUGUCCUGUUGUUGUUAAAGUUUUAGUAAUUAUUGUAAAUUUAUUGUCUGUUUUAAAUCUAAACAUAUCUUUCUUUUCCCCGUCACAUACAAAUAAAAUAAAAUGUUUUUAGGGCCACUGUUAAAAAGCAAUAAAUUAGUAAUAUGGCAGGUUUUUAUUAUUAUGUACAAAAGUUCAUAUUUAACACUUUCCCACAUCCUUAAAAUAUAAAUUUCCACUUCUAAAAGAUUUUAAUUCAUUUUAGGAUUUUUAACAGUAGCCCUAAAAUGCCAUUUUACCCGUGUUUGGGUUCCCAGUUUAUAAUGAACAUAAAUGUUUUUAUGCCAUAUUGUUCAUUUCCUUUUCUAAACUUUUCCCUGUCUCUAAAGUGCAUGCUUUACUGUCUUAUGUGUAUUGUUUUGUAACUAAGCACAGGAUAAUUUAUUGAUUAUGGAUUUCUGUCUAUGCCAAGGAGCUUUCUGAUUUUUAUAAAGUUCAGUUUUUAAUAAAAAAAAAAAGGAUCAAAGGAGGGA